AUGACCCAGGUGUGCGGGAGGGAUCCAGGUGUGCUGCGGAGGGGAGGGGGGAACACCCACGUGUGCGGCGGGAUUGAGCGGGGGGGGGGGGGGGGGGGGGGGGCGGGCGGACACGGUGGGGGUUGGGGGGUCUCGGAUGGGGGUGGGAGACCCGUGUGGCCGGGAGGUUUCGGGAGCCUGGGGGUCCCCACGUGUGUCCGGCACGCGCAGGUGUCCGGCAGGGACACAGGGCUGUGUGCGCUGCUGCUGCUGCUUUUGGGGGUCCCGGGGCUCCCCCAGCCCCCCCCCGAGGGCCCCCCCUCGCUCUGCGACCCCCGAGUGAUCGAACGCUUCAUCCUGGAGGCUCGCGACGCCGAGCGGGGGGCGGCCGGGUGUGGCCCCCACUGUGACCUCCCCGAGCCCGUCGCUGUCCCUGACCCCGGUGUCAACUUCAACCUGUGGAGGAGCCUGGACGCGGGGUCCCGAGCGCAGGAGGUGGCCGGGGGACAGGCGGCCCUGGUGGCCGCGGUGCUGCGGGCGCGGGAGCUGCUGCGGGACCCCCGGGUCCGCCCGAGCCUGGACCGCGCCUACGGGGCCGCGAGGAGCCUGGCCCGGCUGCUGCGGGGGCUGCCCGCGCCGGCCCCGGCCCCCGCCCCCGUUCGGGUCCAGACCCUCCCCCGGCUCCUGGGGGUCCUGAGCCGCUUCCUGCGGGGGAAGGUUCGGCUCUACCUGGCCGACACCUGCCCACGGUGA